AUAUCUUCUGAAAAGUAGUAUUUUUGGAAAAUAAACACUCUGCUACUCUCUUCUCCGAUCUGAUCUCCGAUUAGAUCCUAAGUUUUUUCCAAUGAUGAGAGACCGGCAACUAUUUUCCGGCCUUUUGCUUAUCUUAGCAUUCGUUUCGCUCCAGAAGCUUUGCUACUGUGACGAUCAGACAGUGUUGUAUGAAUCGUUCGAUGAGGCAUUCGAUGGUCGCUGGAUAGUUUCGAAGAAUGGUGAUUACGAAGGUGUAUGGAAGCAUGCAAAGAGCGAGGGACAUGAUGACUACGGACUUCUCGUGAGCGAGAAAGCCCGUAAGUACGGCAUAGUGAAAGAGCUCGACGAGCCUCUAAACCUCAAGGACGGAACAAUCGUUCUCCAGUACGAGGUUCGUUUCCAGGAAGGGCUAGAGUGCGGUGGUGCUUACUUAAAAUACCUCCGUCCUCAAGAAGCCGGAUGGACAGCCGAGGGUUUCAACAGCGAAUCACCUUACUCCAUCAUGUUUGGGCCUGACAAGUGUGGAGCCACGAACAAAGUGCAUUUCAUCUUGAAGCACAAGAACCCCAAGAGCGGCGAGUACGUUGAGCACCACUUGAAGUUCCCUCCCUCUGUUCCUCACGACAAGCUUUCACAUGUCUACACCGCCGUUUUGAAACCCGACAACGAGGUUACGAUUCUGGUUGAUGGAGAGGAGAAGAAAAAGGCUGAUUUGCUCUCUAGAGAAGACUUUGAGCCUGCGUUGAUCCCUGACAAGACAAUCCCUGACGCUGAAGACAAGAAGCCAGAGGACUGGGAUGAGAGAGCCAAGAUUCCUGAUCCUAACGCGGUGAAGCCUGAGGACUGGGACGAGGAUGCACCGAUGGAGAUUGAAGAUGAGGAAGCUGAGAAACCGGAAGGAUGGUUAGACGAUGAGCCUGAGGAGGUGGAUGAUCCAGAGGCGACCAAACCUGAAGAUUGGGAUGACGAGGAAGAUGGUAUGUGGGAGGCACCAAAAGUUGACAACCCCAAGUGUGAGACAGCACCAGGGUGUGGGGAAUGGAAGAGACCGAUGAAGAGGAACCCUGCAUACAAGGGGAAGUGGAGUGCACCUCUGAUAGACAACCCUGCUUACAAGGGAAUCUGGAAGCCCAGAGACAUCCCUAACCCUGACUACUUUGAGCUAGACAGGCCAGAUUUCGAGCCCAUUGCAGCCAUAGGUAUAGAGAUCUGGACGAUGCAAGACGGUAUCUUGUUUGACAACAUGUUGAUAGCGAAAGACGAGAAGGUCGCUGAGAGUUACAGGCAGACCACUUGGAAGCCUAAGUUUGACGUUGAGAAAGAGAAACAAAAAGCAGAAGAGGAAGCUGCUGGCUCUACUGCAGAUGGUCUCAAGAGCUACCAGAAGGUUGUGUUUGACCUCUUGAACAAGGUUGCAGACAUAUCUUUCCUAAGUGCGUACAAGUCUAAGAUCACGGAAGUGAUUGAGAAAGCGGAGCAACAACCUAAUGUAACCAUUGGUGUCCUCGUCUCCAUUGUUGUAGUAUUCUUGUCGAUCUUCAUCAGGCUUAUCUUCGGGGGCAAGAAGCAAGCGGCGGCGGCAAGUGUGGAAAAGAAGAAACCAGAAGUAGGAGAGAGCUCAAAGAAUGGGGAGACGCAACCCGACAGUGAUAUAAAGCCCCCAGCCGGAGGGAUCCAAAGCAAGAAAGUCAUGUACAACACCGACCCGAAUGAAUAUCGCCGAACCAACCCGAACACUUGAGUAGGAGAUCCGGUGCAAUUGCUAUGUUUUCGGAGCGCACCAGAAGGAUGUGUGUGUGUGACGUUUUGUGGUUUCUAGUAUAAAGUAGCGAGGUUAGUACCUAAGGCUAAGGGAAAGUGUAUCAUUUGGAGAGUGUUUCUCUGUGUAUUUCUUUGUUUCCACUACUGUAACAGAUCAUUCAAUAAGAGAAAUCUAUUUUUUUUUCCAA